GCGAUUUGUCUGUACAGUGAGGUAAAGUACAAGCUCUCGCACUCGUAGACAUUCGAGGCAAGCGUGACAACGAAGGACACGUCAUCGGCUAUUUUGUGGCAUGUAUUCUAAUUUCUACACCUUCUCCUCACAUGCCUUAAGGGAAAUUGCUUUUGCAAGUUGCUAAAGCAAUUCCUCUUCUCUCUACCUCUGGCCUCAUUGUUAUAGCAAAGCUGGAUAUCGUUCACCAGCCCGUAGACGUGCUCUGUCUUUAGUGUUGGAGCGGCGUUUCUCUCACCUCUUUCACCCAGUAUAAGAAUCCAACAUGCAUUCCGUGUAGGAGACAGAGCAAGAGGAAGAGCAAACCCGGCGUCCUUGUAUGGAAGACUCUGAUGCUGCUGCGGUCGAAGACCUCCGUGAAGCUGAGCGAACAUGAGCUCAGCAAUGACAGCCAUGAGGUCCGCGUUCUGGCAAGGAGUACUGUAAAAGCUUUGAAUUUUGUCAAGGGAGAUAUUGACGAUCUUUGGCACAAGGGCUGAACCGGGUCGGGUGGCCUCCGGUCCUGGACUCCUGCCUGAUGUUCCUCAAACCGUCAUGUAGCUGGCCUUGAUCCUCGGAGACAGCCGCUCGAGAGCUGGGGCCUGGUUAGCAGAUUCCGGGGCGAUGAUUACCUCUCGUAUGUAUUGAUGACCCGGUGUAGACUCUAAUCACGUAUGACAUUAACACCGUCCUUGGCUUUUAAUUCUCCAAACUCGGUGGCUUUCGCCUUUUCGUUGGGAGUUAGUGACGAGCGUACUUCGUGCGGCUGGACCAAUCUUUGCCUUCAAGUCUGUGAUAUCUCCCUGAUUCCCUCGGGACCUUGAGGGAUAUCAUAAACCCUACCAUUGACAUUGCUAAUCGUACAGUGCUGUAGCUGGAUUAGUUCGGUGCCUUAAUUCUCCUUGUGUGUCCAAUAUGUGGCCUUCUGACUUUUUCAUCACCCUGCCCUACCAAAAUUUGGUGACCGGCCCCGGUCAGAAUAAAGCUUACAGGUUCCACCUCGAACGACUAGGCAUGGUGUGCAGAGGCGAGGUCCAUAAUAUCAGCAUCGAUGUUCCAAAUCGGAACGUAACGGUGUGGCAAAGUAUGCGAAUUAUUCAGCCUGCUGGAAGUCAUCAGAUGCUCGUCAGCCGGAGCUGAAUAUUCUUCUGAUGGAGAGGGAGCGAGUUUAGCGUAAUACAGUGGGUGAGGUCGAUUACGUAGAACAUGUUGCAGGACAUGCUGUCUGGUUCUGCGUUUAUCUGGUCCUGGGUUCAGAGUGCGAGCCUGCCAGAACCGCGGGCCUAACAGAAAUCCGUGAACCUCUCGUGGAGUUUGGACGGGUUCGGGCGGGGAAUCAUGGGGCUGAUCGAUUCAGGUAGCGCUCCACUUGAGGACUCGCAAGAGAAUCCAAAUGACAGACCAGACAGGCCUUCAACUCAGGGUCCCACAUGGUGGUGGGGAGUCCGCAUACAAAGCCCAAGCGAACUUGUGAAGGCGCGCUCUACGUGAAUAAAUGACCUGGAUUUAGUCAUGAUCACGAGGAUAUCAUGUCUCCUUCAGAAAGGGAUGAGAAGAAUAUGUUGCGCGAGGAUUGAAGGAUAGCCCUAAAUCGUGUCUGGAGAAAGCGAGAGAGCGUUCAAAUCAGUGCAGAAGCUAGCGUUUAGCGCGUCUCUGGAGCUCGAGCCUUGAGCAGCAAGGCAGCCUUGACAAAAGUACAGAGAGCUGGAUCCACGGCAUCCACUUCUCUAAUCAUACAUGUCGUGAUAAGAUAAGAGAAGAGGAUCAAUCAAUAAACCAGUGUUAGGCAAGGGGGACAGAUUCCAUAUGAAAUCUUGUCUUGGUGCAGGGAGCCAUACAACUCGAUUCAAUUCUCCCAAGCAAUGUGUCGCAGUCACAUGUGUGUCGCCGUCCAGGCCUCGCGUCAGAAGAAUCAGAAGAGAACUGGAGAAGGUGCAAACAAUUUCUGCAGAGCAUGUACGGAGCCUCGCAGCUGCCUGCUGCUGGUAAAAGAUGUGAGCUCGGAGAGAGAAGGCCGGCCUCGUCGUCGUUCAACACUUCUCACACUCGACGUGUACCAUAACUACUCCACCUCACUGCCAGCCAAGCCUCGCCGAUGCCUGCCAGGCGCCACGUAGGAUCGGCCACCUCCGAGGGGAGGCAAGCCCGCAAUCGUCCGAUCUUCGAUCGAGGUCGAUCCAAGAUCGGACGCCCGGGGCCGCAUCCCAUUUUCUCGGGAUCGUCUUUUCGUUCGGGGCUCGGGGUGUUUAAGCAGGCCCGGAUUCUGCAUUAUCUGCACAGGCCCUGAGUCAGAAGAUUCGAUACGAACCCCUCAGCGUCGACACUGCCUUCGCCCCCCGAACGUGAUGAGCUCUCCCUCUCUCCUCUCUCUCUCUCUCUCUGUCUGUGUCUGGCGUCGAGCUGGUGUGCGGUGAAGCCUGAGAUGAAGCUCGGGCUCGUACCACCCGAUGUGCGACAUCUACGAGCAUGAAUGGCCGGCAAAACGUAGGCCUCUCGCGGCAGGUGACGUCGGAGGCCUUUGUCGACCUUCCGUCCAUGGCAGAAAAGCGCAAUUCAGCCCCGCAGGAGAAAGUCUCGCGAGCGUCUGAGACUGCGGCAGUGCGGCCAGAUUUGGAGGCAGUCGCAGCCGCAGCCACAGCCGGAGCUGCGCCAGAGAGCCAGUCCUCGCCCGUCGCAUCGUCGCCUCUAAUCGUUUCAAGGCCAUGGCAGAUUCCUUCUCUUGGUAUUCUCGCUCCUUCGUCUCUCGAAGAAGAGGGGAGCGGUCGCACUCGUGCAUGCUCUCCACGCGUCCUGCGGCUCUCCUGGGGCGGGGCAGGGCGGGGCGUUGCGCUGAGGAGUCGAGGGAAGUUUGGCCCCGGUCCAUGCCCAUACUCUGUACUGUAGGGGGGUGGCAAAAUUCGAAGCUUUCAACCGAAGUCUAUGACUCCAUGCUUCCAGAUCUGGCACCCGAACCGAAAGGACACCGCACGCUUGAACGGGAGUUUGUGUGUUUGAGGGACUGUCGCGUGUGGAAUACUCCACACGCGAGACAUUAUUUGCCCAUUUUGCCACGAUUGCUUGCCUUUGUCCUUGACAGCUGCAUGUUCUGUCCUAGGGUGCGCUCAAUGAGCUUGUUAUGGAAUCUGGAACCCCCCACUACAGUCCUGUCAUUUCCCGACUAAUCCUUACAGAACAUCAUGUCACCCUACUCAGUCAACACUUCGCUCGCUGCUGUUUUCCAUCCCCCCUACUCGCCUCCAUGUUCUUCCCGCGGGUCUAAUAUAUACCACCUAAAUUUAGACCAAAUGUGGGCGGUAUGGGUUGGACUUGAUACCUGGGAACCGACCAGGCAUCCAGUUCUGCCUUCAGAAUAUGUCGAAGAUCUCAGAGGCAUUCCUACUCGGCAGCUCCCACACUCUUUUUCUGGUGCCAGUCCCGGGCAGGGGCAAGAAGACUGAUCCGGGUCGGUUUGCUGAUACCGUAUGCUGUGCUGGGUAGACGACGAGAUUUCUCGGCCAAGUCUUCGACAUCUGAUGCUGCAAUCUCCUGCAGGCGGGGCGGUGAAUUAAUCCUACUAUGAUGACGUAUCAGUCGUAAGUUUGUUGGAACCCAGUACAUCGUACCCGCCAGCUGUGUGACAUUGUCACUCGAUUCAUUCCAGCGACGGAGGAGGUAGCUAAUCUCCGAGCGUCAAAGAACUCCAUGUCUCCAGCCUUGGCUGCAAGCGAACAGCCAUGGGUAAAGGUUGAUGAGUUCAACUCGAGGUACUGAUUUUGCCCGAUGUACUCAAGCGAGAGGGGUAAAGAAUCUCCCGCUUCUGGGGAAUGGUUCCUUCUCCUUAGAAGACUCGACAAGCGAAGGUCGUCUUUCAGCAGAAGACUUUGAUAGACAGUGCGCCAGAGGUCUGACGGUCAAUUUCAAAAGAUAGGUCAGAGACCUGAUACUGAUGCCAAGAUUGUUUCCGGGUUGUUAAGAUCCAGAGGGUCCCAGCAGUGCCAGCACCAUCGCAUUAUUCGUCCUCAGUGCUUUCUUGUUGACUAAGUGUUGGUAUUAUCUCUCUGUCCGCCUCUCUCGUUGCUCUCCAUCCCUCCCUCCAUCCAUGAAUCCGUAGGUUCAAAGCCGACUUAUUCCCGUUAUCAUGAACACUACUACGGUUUGUAUGAGUCAGUUAUCAGUUGACUGCCGUCAACGAAAAUUCUUCCUCUCUGUUUGCAGAGCUUGAAACCCGAGAUCCAUUUCCUAACGGUGUGGACAGAAUACUGUCAAGGUUAGGGCAAUAGUCUGUUGAGUGUCAACGUUUCCCAAGUACGGGGACAGGCUGGUCUGUGCUGGUACUAUGCUUCCGGUAUGACCCUGUCACUCAAAAUCUCGCAAGCUCAGCUUGGAACCAAGCCGAGACGCACUGAAGUCAGUACUUGCAAUGUCCCCUGGAAAUCGCAAGUCCGGCAGAAAACCGUGAAAAGGAUGAUACAUGUCAUGUGAAUGGCAUGACAUAAAAGUCAAAAUGCAAAAUUCGCGCAUCACAAAAACUGA